AUGGACCCUUCGGACUUCUUCACGGAUUCAGCACUCAUGAGCCCCGACAUCGUCAAGACUGCGCACUACACGCGCCGCAGCUAUGUUAUCCCUGCCAGCCAGCCCAAACCUGGAGACACGUCGGUGCGGCAUGGCCUCGGCUCCCAGCUGAGACUUGCGGCGCACGAGUAUCUCGUCGCCGGCGCCAACGACGGCGGUCACACCAUAAUCCUCACGCAUGGGACGUCGUUUAACAAGUACUUCUGGGGGUUGGUCAUCGAAUACAUCCUGUCAACGCCGGGCGUCAAACCUGCAGUCAAGCGCCUCAUAGCCAUUGAUGCGGCCAACCACGGCGACAGUGCCGUCCUCAACCGAGGCAUUCUGCCAAGCAAAGCAUGCUGGCCCGACGAUUCCAGGGACAUUCUUCACACUUUAGAGUACUUCAACGCGCAACAACCGGUAAUAGGCAUUGGACAUUCAUUUGGAGGAGGCGCCAUGUGCCACGCGGCUAUGAUGAAGCCGGACGCGUUUGUGGCGACAAUUUUCGUGGAGCCGAUUCUGUUCCAGAUGAAAGAACAAACCGAGGCUGUGGCGCAGAAAGCCCUGCGAAGACGUGACCGCUGGGAGUCCACGGAUGCAAUGAGGUCAGGUUUCAGCAGAGGGUUCAAGGAUUGGGACAAAAGGCAACUUGACGUGUUCCUUGAACAAGGCGUGAUCCCACUCCUGCAGGACGGUCGGCCGUCCGUCUGGGCGCUCAAAACCCCAAAGGAGCAAGAAGCAAGUUGUUACGAAACCGGCCAGGCCACAUAUCUUGCGGCACCGCAUCCGCAGAUCCUAGACCUGCUGCAGCGGUCCAAGCAGCGGCACCAUUUCAUCUGGGGCUCCGAAAGUAUUGUCAUCCCGCACGGAGACAUUCCACUGCUGACCGUGGACUCCUUCGACAGCUCCGAGGAGAACAGACGGCUAGUCGAGCGCAUGGUCAUCCCUCCAUCGACGACCCGCGUGAUCAACGGAGCUGGUCACUUGAUCCCAAUGACACACCCUGAAACCCUGAGCUCCAUACUCGCGGGGCUCCUAAGAGAGACUGCACCGGUGGCCAGGACGGAAAUUCCGCAACGAUUCCGGCUCUAGUGUGAACUGCCACUGCCAUCUAAUGCGCUUGGGCAAUGCCACGCUCCCAAAGCACUCCCCGCUCCGGCAUGUGUGGCGCUUGGAGUGGAGACGGGGGCCAGGGUACGUGAAUUGAGCAAGGGUGUGAAGUUGUUGGGCGACUUGUUGCCAGCUAAUUGGGGGCGUACAAGUACCGAGGUAGUCUGUGUGUAGUAACGGAGUACGGA